GUGUGCUAAUGAAAGCGCUCACAAGGAUUUUAAGAAAGCUGUAGGAGCCUGCAGAAUUUUUUUCCAGGCUGAAGCAGCUCAAUUAAUAGUUCUGUCUGCCAGUGAGGCAACAGUAAAAAGAGUGAGCAUACUCAGCGACAUGCAUUUGCGUAGCAUUCGAACCAAGUUAAUGCUCAUGUCAAGAAAUGAAGAAGCAACAAAGCAUUUAGAAGAACAAAUUCUGAGCUAUCUAAUCCCUCUGAGACAGAAUCAGAAAGAAAAGACGAACUGAGUGAUUGGUCACUAGCAGGGGAUGAAGAUAGGGAGGUCCUACACCAGCGCGACAGCCGAAGGCGCCCACCAGGAGGAAGACGUAGUGUUUCUGGGGGUCGGGGCCGAGGUGGACCGCGAGGUGGGAAGUCAUCUAUCAGUUCUGUGCUGAAAGAUCCAGACAGCAAUCCUUAUAGCUUACUGGAUAACACAGAGUCUGAUCAGACUGCAGAUACUGAUGCAAGCGAAUCGCAUCACACCACGAACCGACGCAGGCGAUCUCGCAGACGGAGGACUGAUGAAGAUGCUUCCUUAAUGGAUGGCAUGACAGAAUCUGACACGGCGUCAGUUAAUGAAAAUGGCUUAGUUACAGUUGCUGAUUAUAUAUCAAGAGCAGAAUCUCAGAGUAGACAAAGAAACCUCCCAAAGGAAACACUGGGUAAAAACAAGAAGGAAACGGUGAAAGAUGUGAUCGAAGAGGUUGGCCUUUCUGAAAAAGCAGUAAAUGGCCCGGCAGUGGUUUCUGGGACUGAAUCUUCCAAGCAGCAACAUAGUCCUGAAGAAAAGCCUAGUACUAUACAAGAAGACGGAAAUAAACAGGAAGAAGCUGUGUUGAAUGGUGUUUCAUAAACAAGAGUUCCUAGUUUACAGUUCUUUUACAUUACAUUUUACAAUAGUGCUUGUAUAAGCUUGCCAAAGAUAGAAUAUGGAUUGCGAAUCUUGACAUCGCACUUUCAGUUCCUCCAUUUUGGAAAACAACAGGGAGGGAUCCUGAAAAAAAAUCCAAUGUUGAACAUACUUUGACACCUACUGUGUUAUAAAUAUCAUCAGAUGUGCCUUGAGAAUAGUAUAUGUAACAUUUAAAUAAAAACAAAUUGCUGGCUAUAGGAAACGUUAUUUUGUUUUCAAAAUAUGACAGAUGUGUGGGGGGAAAUCCCUAACAUAACCUACUUUAUGAAAGCAUUAGCUGCUUUUAUUACAUUUUUAAUAAUAUGCAACCACUUCUUCACCUGAGGGAAAACUAGAAAAAAAAAUGCAGUCUAAAAUAUUUUGCACUGAAUUGUAAUUUCUCCAUUAGUUUAGUCUGGAAACUGGUCUGUUUUAAUACAUGUUUUUUAAAUGCUGUAUGUAGUGGGGGAAAACUGCAGACCACUGGAAUACAUUUAUUAAAUUCUCAAUCUGCAGGGAUAUUGGGUGACAUUGGCAAUGACUGUUCUGCAUUGAGGCUUUGUUUGAUUUAUUUAUUAAACUGUACAGUAUUUAAAAAUCAAACAUAGCUUUAGUUAAAACACUUAAUUCUGAAUUAGUCAUGUCCAUUAAGAUAACCAGAACUACUGAAAAGAUCAAUUUCCAGAAAGUUUAUUCUGUAUAAACUACAUAUGUUAGUCCUUAGAGUAUUUUUAUUUUUGGUUGUUUGAUGUGCAAUAUGUUUUUGUAUGCUGGUAGAAAAAUAAACCUUGAUCUUCCAUUGGUUGAUCCUUAAA